CAACCAUAAGAAAUUUCUGGGUUUUGUCUUCUGUGUCAUUGUCAAAGGCCAAGGUUCAAGUAAUUUCUUGAAUGUUGAGUAUGAGUUUCUCGUGAAAUGCCAAAAUGAAUACAUGACAUUUGAUAAAAAACUGCUUUCCGUUGGACCGACGAAUAUUAAAUCGGAUCACGUGUUACUGGGGUACAAUUGCAAUACAUGUGAAGUUUUUGAAUUCUCCUGCGACACGGAGGCCAUUAUCACUUUCACACCUGAGCAAAAAAAUAAAACCAAAUCUGGGGUCAAAAGGAUAAAGAAGUGCGGGGUCCGUUUGGUGUUCACUCAAGAAUUUAAUGAACCCAUGACAAGAUCAACAUGUACCAUCAUUGAUGAAGAGGAAGUGCAAGAGGAAGCAUAUUCUGUCUCCAAAGGGUUUAGAUCUUCAAAUUUCUUUAAAGGUGAAUCUAGCUCAAGAUACUCUAUAAUCGAUGAAGAGCAUAAGGAAGCAUACUCCAAGGGAUUUAAAUCUUCAAAUUUCUUUAUAGGAGAAUCUAGCUCAAGUUCUGGGUUGCAUCAACUACAACACGAGGAGGAAGAAGUGGAAGAGUUCAAUCCAAGUGCAAAUAAUUUCAACCCAAGCCCCAAUGAAUCCAGUAGAUUUACUUCUGAUUUGAAUGAAAUUCCUCAAUAUUUAAUUGGAUCAACAAGGGAUAAGACAGGCACAAAUAGGCUGAACCCUGCAGACAAUGAUGGGGUAAAACUGAAAGGAUGUGGCUGCGUAAUUUUAUGAUGAAGAUUAACCACAACCUAAAGAAGUCAAAUUCUAAUGAAGAGCGAAGCCUGUACCUUGUAUUACUUUCAGUUUUAUGAAUAUAUUGGUAAGUUU